GAUAUGUUCUUGUAUUGUUUUUGUGGUUGAUUAACUUGGGAUGAUAUGGGGGGUGUUUUUUUGUUUGUUAACAAAUUAUGAAAGAAAAAGGGUAUUUUCAUUUACACUUUGCUUUAAUAUUUGUCUGCAUGCUCAAUAAAUCACGAGGAUUCUGAAACUCAUUCCCAUAGUUAAGCUUCACAUCUUUGAAUAUUUCAGUUAUUAUUUUUUGUUUAUCUCAAACUUUGAAAUAUGCAUGUUUUGUAUAUAUUUUGGAAAAUUUUGAGGCUUGACUACCAAAACAAGGAGGAAAUUUUUGCUUAUGUUUUUUUUGGAAUGCUUAUACAGCCUUAUUUAGUGUAUGAUUAUAGUGUAAUUAUGCUUGCCCAAACUUGAGAUCUUCUGAAUGAUGAAGCUUCAUCUUUUCAAUGAAGUGUUAAGAAUCUUACAGGAUCUAAUAUUUUAUAUACUUGUGCUAUUUUUUUUCUUUGCAUUGCCAAUGUAGUUUCUAUCCUUAAAUACGCCGGCUGAAUUUUUUUUUGGGUGCCAAAUGACUCAAUGACCUUUUUUUUUUGCCAUCAAAUUUGUAUGAAAGAAAUUUUUGUCUAGUGGUUGAUAACAAUAUGGUCAUAUAUAAUUUAAGUGACCCAUUAGUUGUAGAAAUAUAAGAAAACAGAAAAAUGAAUAUAAAAGUUCCUUUGCUACUGUUGGAUGAAUAAAAUAUCAGAUGAGGCACUUAGCAUCGUGAUUAGCACCGGAUUAACCUGCUUAUGUGUUCGACAAAAUGUUGCAUGGUUGUGCAGAUACCCUUAAAUACAGCUCUUUCCCUUUUCCUUUACUGUCGUUCUUUCUUUAUUUUAUUUUAUUUAUCUAUCUGUUUUUAGCUUCAUUGAAUUUACUUUGUGUUUGGCUUAUAAAAGCCACAGUCCCCCCCUAGUUUUAUGGAUCAACUAACCAGCUGUAAAGGUAUAAUUUUUUUUUUGUCUUUAGAUAAAUGUUUAGUUGCUUAGUCUUAAAAUUUAUGAAAGUUCGACAUUAAAGUUAAAAUUUAUGAAAGUUCGACAUUAAAGUUGUUGUUUGAUUUGCUCUUGGGAUCGCCCAAAUUUUCAGUCUUCUCAUGGGUCAAUGUGGGAUUUGAUCAUAUUGAAAGAGUAUUGAACACUUUGACUGUUGGUUUAAUCAAACUUCUUGUAGUCUGUCAGUUUGUACUAAAGAAAGAUGAGGGAGGCUUUCAGAAAUAUUACAAAAGCACAAGGCCUUUCACGUGAUGCAUAAUUUGCAUGCGGCACAUUUUGACAGCAUAGAUGAGAUGACUGAUUCAGAUAUGGAUCGACAAAGGCAUGGGAAUUCUAAUUCAGAACCUUCUAUCCUUGCAAGCAGUGCCAACAUUUUGCAGCCAAAUAUCCACACAAUGGCAACAGCUUCAGGGAACGCAAGAAAUCUUGAUUCCCGCUAUUUACCAGAUGUCUAUGACAAUACCGUAAUGUAUAGAGGGACACAAUACAAUGGCAUUCUAAAUCAACACAAUCUUGAUAUGGGUGUUGCAGCCAUGACCAACUUGCGUUAUUCUGGCAUGAAUCCUUCUAGUACUGGUGUAUUACCUCUCCCUACUAGUCAUGGAGCCUAUGAUCAGUUGCCAGCAUCAAGCACAUUUGCUGUGUCUGGAGUUUCUUCAGAUAAUUUUGGAAGGAGCAGCAGUUAUGCAGAUGACGUCAGAGCUUCUUUCAAAAGAAAAAAUACAGAAACUGUUAGAGGAAAUUUUCCACAUUUUGAUGCUUCAGCUAGUUCAUCAGUUGUUCCCCCAAAUGCAAGGCACUCUGAUGGGAUUACUAUGAUGGAUGCUGCUUCCUUGCCCCUGCCUCAAUUCCGAGGAAAUAGCAUCCCUUCACCCAUGGAAUUAGGGUCCAAUGGUAGUUUGUGGAGGAGGUCGGGCGAGUCUGUUAUGGUACAUGAACAUAGCCAUUUCAUUCAAGGUAAUUAUUUAGGGCACCCUUCCAGCCAGUUGCUCCUCCUUGGUUGGAUCAACAGUUAAAUAAUUGUCACAGUGAUGGGCAUCCUACAACUUGGAAUCAGUCUCUUCCAAUGCCUUAUAUGCAAGCACCUAAUGUUAACGGAAGUUCAUUAGAGAAUGCAAAUAUGGGUUUGCAGAGAUAUCACGAUACAGCUAGUAACAUAAAUGGCCUAAGGUUUGUUCUUCCUCCUGUCAACCACCACCAUAAUUAUCAUCAUCCAGCAGUGCCAAUGAGAGGAUUCAGGGGCCACAAUAUCAUUUUUCAACCUCCAGUAACUGCAGCUUCUUAUAGAAUUCCAACAAAUCCUUUAUGCAAUGCUUUGAUCCCUACACAGAAUGGUUUUGAGAUGGGUCCUAGGCAUGUUAGCCUUGUGCCAUCAGCAGGCCUCCAGGUUCGUCCUCAUAGAGGAUACAUGAAUGAGACAACAAUUGGGCAUCGAAAUCUUCACCCUAUGGGCUAUCUCCAAGUUGAUGUAGAUGUUGCCAUACUGGAUGAAGUGGGAUUGGUUGACCAUCACAGAGACAUGCGCUUGGACAUAGAGGAUAUGUCUUAUGAGGAGCUUCUUGCAUUGGGCGAGCGAAUUGGCAAUGUAAGCACUGGUUUAUCAGAACAAUCUAUUUCAGCUUUAAUGAAAACUAGAAUUUAUGCAACCUCCACUGCUAUUAACCCGGAAGAGGAAGAAACUUCAGAGGAUCAGGAAACUGAUUCAUGCAUAAUAUGCCAGGAUAAAUAUGAGAACAGACAGAAGGUAGGAAUUCUUCAAUGCGGUCAUGAGUAUCAUGCAGAUUGCUUGAAGAAAUGGCUUCUUGUGAAAAAUGUCUGCCCCAUAUGCAAAUCAGAAGCAUUGACUCCUGGAAAGGACAAAGGAGUAUAGAAACCAAUGAAGGCAAAAUCUCUUCUUUUUCUUCUUCUAGCAAUGCCCAUCAUCCCUUUUGGCAAAUUUAUUUUUGGACGGAGUCCAUAUUUUGUUGUGUAAUUUUGUAUAUGUACUUGCACAUAUAUAGAUGGUUACGCUGCCCAACUCUUUUACUUGUUGGCUCCAGUGACAUUGUAUCUAUAAAUUGUACAGACUUUGUUGUGUGAUGUAUCUACUUCAGGUAAUUAUAUUAUUCCUUGACAUUUUUUUUUUGUUCAUUCUGGUAAAGCAUGGUUGGAAGUCCCAUGGCCAUGUUCAGAAUGAAGUUUACGUCUUUACUCUUAAUGAUAGUCUCUGAUCUUAAUUUA